UCAGUUUUAUCUUCCAGCUCUGAAUAUCGCACGACCAGGGAGACAUGAAGAGAGAAAACGAACGAUACGCGGGAUACACCGCUGGUGGAUACACGGAAGAAGAAGGAGGACGCAGUCUGCUAUGAAAAAGAAAACCUCACAGUUGUCAGACCAAAGCUCAGACUUGUAAAUGACUAUAAAUGAAGAUGUGUGUGGUGUGUUGAAGAAAAGGUUAAGCAAGUCUGCAGUAAAGGUGUAAACAAGUUUGCUGGGCUCUGUUCAGAAUGGGUGAGCGUCAGACCUACGUGAAGCUCAGUGAAGAGAAACUUAUACCAAAGUCUGACAUCUUGUCACUGCUUAGGACCUACAACUGUUACCACGAAGGGAAAAACUUCCAGCUGAGGACUCGCGAGGAGGAUGGAGAGCUCAUUCUCGAGGGGUUGCUGAACAUCUACUGGGGUCUUCGCCGGCCAAUCAGACUUCAGAUGUACGAUGACAAUGAAAGAUUCCGUCUCAACCGAAACGAUAGAUCUGCUGUGGCAAAGCAGCUCUUAGUGGAGUCAAACAAUAACUUGCCGGGUACAGAGACAGCUGGUGAGGACAUGGGCGGUCAGGAGGACGAGGAUUCCCCUCAGCUGCUGAGGACCAGGAGUGAUGCUUCCUUCAUGCGGGUUCAGAGGAGGUCGAAGACACACACUGCCAGAGAUUUGCAGCGCUUGCGCACACACAGGUUCUCAAUCAACGGACACUUCUACAACCACAAGACAUCUGUAUUUACUCCAGCCUAUGGUUCAGUCACAAACGUACGAGUGAACAGCUCCAUGACAACUGAACAAGUCCUCAACCUGCUGCUACACAAGUUUAGGGUGGAGAAUAAAUCAGAAGAGUUUGUCCUUUAUAUGGUGCACGAGUCUGGCGAAAAGACCCGACUGAGGGAUGGUGAAUACCCGCUGGUGGCUCGCGUGCUUUAUGGGCCCUGUGAGAAAAUCUCCAAGAUCUUGAUCACGGAGGCCGACCUGGGAGAGGAAGUCACAUAUGAUGUUGCCCAAUACAUAAAGUUUGAGAUUCCUGUUUUAGACAGCUUUGUAGAGAAACUUAAAGAGGAAGAGGAACGUGAGAUAAACAAGCUGACCAAAAAGUACAGCGCUCUGAAGUCUAUGAUUCAACAUCAGCUCGAAGGAAGAGCUCAUACCAGUGACAGAGUAUGAGUGUCUCUGUACACACUAAUGUAGCGUGUGUGUGUGUGUGUGUGUGUGUGUGUGUGUGUGUGUGUGUGUGUGUGUGUGUGUGUGUGUGUGUGUGUGUGUGUGUGUGUGUGUGUGUGUGUGUGUGUGUGUGUGUGUGUAGAAGGGAGGGUUCAACACUAGGGUUGUUGAUUUACUAUGGGAACAUUUGCCAAUACUGUAGUGAAUGCAGAGGUAAAGGUAAAAGGGUAUAAGUAAAGGCUGCAAUAGAACCAUACCAUACACCAAUGUGCUACUACUUUUAGAAUAACAUAUCUCAACAGUUUGUAUUAUCUGUUGAUGUUAUUACUGUGAAGUGUAUCACUGCUUUGAUAUCUCUACUAUUAAUAUAUUUGCAUUUUGUAUGAAAAUUCUUACAGCAAAUGUAAAUAUUUAUACAAGCUGUUUUUGAUCAUGUUUUCUCUGACUUGGACCUUUUUAUGUAAUAAAUAAGUUUUAGUGUGGCCUUUAUAA